CUAAAAUUACAAAAAGAUUUCUUCAAAUAAUCACCAGAUUAUCUCUCUAUUUCAUCAAAGUUUUUGGCAGCAGGAUGCAUUGCAAGGUAUUUUAUAUUUUCAAGAUAUGUUUAUUAAUGCAUGUCAUGUUUGUGGAUCUAUGUCUAUACAUCCAUUAUUAUACAGAUUAUUAUUAGUAGUAUUUUUUAAUGUACCACAUAACUCGUUGGAAGAAAGACAACGAUAAUUGCUGUAUUUGAGUUCUACUUUCAUAAUGCAUGCUGUUUAGUAAUAGCUCACCAGUAUUUGAACUUUAAAAGCAUAAAUACAAGACUAAAGUGUGUAGACUUUCAUGCUAUCUAAAAAAAUCAAGAGAUUUUGUUAAGGAACUAGAAUACAGGAUCUCCUAACCAUGAGUACAGAUGUUGUAGGAUACAGUUAGUAUUUGGUUACAUAAGAUUUGGGAUACUAUAUUUAGAUGUGUGUCUGUCUGUCCAACUUCUCUCCCUAUCUGUCUGUCUGACUGCCCAUGUAUCUAGACCAAUAUAUUCAUAAUGCUAUUACAACCAUUAUGCUGGCAAAGCAUCAAGGGAGAUGUAGUCCACAGCAUCUGGAGUGCUGAAGGUUGCCUACCCCUGAUCACAAUAGUAAUACAUUCCUAUCUAAUCUCUUGCAAUGUAAAGUCUGGAAUGUCCCUGUUUUGGCAUCCUUUGUUCCCUUUUGAUCUACUAUAAUGUUCAUUGUUUUGUCAUCAGCCUUCCUGUGAAAAAAAUAAUUUUCUUUUGGUGCUGCAUAGUAUCCUUUGUGGUCUCAUAUGCCACCAUGAAGUCCAAGUUAUCUAGGUAAACAUGUUUUGAAUCAAUUAAUAUAAAAAUUAACAGACUGAAUACACAAGAUGUCCAUAUGUGUCACCCUUAUGGUUUUACCAUAUUUUGCCAAGACCCUCGAAGGUGACAUCCCAGCCAGAUGUGUGGCAGGAGGGGUGCAGCAGAGAUGAGGUAUACCCACCCCAUUGUCAGUGCCAUCUUGUUUCUUCAGCACCUGCCACUUGAUCUGCAAGGAGCCAUGUCAAUGAAAUUCCAAUGCAGUCAUAUCAGUAUUUCAUAAAGAUUAUUUAUAAAAUGCCCAGAAAUUAGAUUUUGAUGAGAGGGCUGCUUUAAGAAUAAAUAAUGCAUAGCUUUGAAAAAGGUUAGGUUUUUGGUAUAUUUUUGCUACUUUAGUUUGGAAUAAAGUUUAUUUUUAUUUACAUAAGACAAUUAUCUGGAUUUCAUAGUUCAGGUUAAUUUCAAAUCAUCUAUGUGUCAUAAACUGUCCUUAUUUAUAUAUUCAUGUUGAAGUCAACUCAUGGAAAAAUAUAAAUAUAAUGCAUGUCUAUUUUUGUUUUUAUAGGAUACAAACAAUAGUGUGUAUAAUUACUCCAGGCAAACUGCAUAAAGCAAAUGUCAAAACAGGGUAAUUAUUGCAACCAGUGAUAAUUGCAAUGUCAAAUCAUGGGAGAAGCACUGUUGUGUGACAUGGUCAUGAGACAUACCUGUCAAAUAAUGCUAAAAAUAAUAAUAAUAUUAACAGUGGCAUCAAACACUACUAUAGCUUGGUUGAUACAUACAUUUUUGUCAACUUGAACAAACAUCCUGUCUUUCGAUUUCAUGCCUUACAUGCCUUACAUGUUGAAGAACGAUGAAUGGUCAGCACCCAUAGAAUGUGAGCUGCAACCACCAAACCAAUAGGGAACAGGGGAACAAAAGUAUUGAGACACCUGACCAUUACAUCAACAGGGACUUUUAUAACAUUGCAUUCUAAAUACAUAGAUCUUAAUAUAUAAUUGGUCCUACCUUGGCUGCUAUGAAUGCUUCCACUCUUCUUGGAAGGCUUUCCACAAGAUUUUUGAGUGUUUCUGUGGGAAUUUUCUUCCCAUUCAUCCAGUAGAGCAUUUGUGAGGUCUGGAAGGUCUGACUCACAAUCUCCUUUCCAAUUCAUCCCAAGGCUAUGCGAUAGGGUUGAGGUCAGGGCUCUGGGUGUUGUACCACACCAAGCUCAUCCAACCAUGUCUUUAUGGAUCUUGCUUUGUGCACUAGGGCACAGUCAUGCUAUGCAAUAUAAAACUGUUCCACAAAGUUGGAAGCAUAGUAAUAAGAUUCCCCUUCACUGGAAGUAAGGGACCUAACCCAAGCCCUGAAAAACAGCACCAUAAGAUUAUGCCUCCUCCACUAAAUGUUACAAUUGGCACAAUGCAGUCAGGCAGGUAAUGUUCAUCAGACUGACAAACACAGAAGCCUGAUUUGUCACUCCACAGAACAUGUUUCCACUGCUCCAGAGUACAUUGCUUUGCACAAUUGAUCAGACGCUUGGGAAUAUACUUGGUGAUGUGAGGCUUACAAGGAGCUCCGCCAUGGAAACUCAUUCCACGUAGCUCCCUCUGCACAGUUUUUGUGCUGAUAUUAAUGCCAGUGGAAUAUUGGAUCUCUUCAGCUAUGGAAUUAGCAGCGCCUUGGCAACUUUUACGCACCAUGUUUUUAAGCACUCGGUGACCCCUGCUCUAUGACUUUACAUGGUCCUUUUUUUCACAAAUGUUUGUAAAUGCAGACUGCAUGGAUAGGUGCUUUAUUUGAUACACCUGUGGCAAUGGGUCUGAUUGAAACACCUAAAUUCAAUAAUUAAGAGGUGUGUCCCAAUACUUUUGUCCAUAUAGUGUACAUACAAAGUUUGGUGCAUGAGAUCCAUUGAUACGACAAGCGUGGGGUAUGAUUAAAUGACAAAUGUGACUAGAUAGUUGAAUGAUAAGUGGAACAGGGUGGGAGAGUAUGUGUGUAUGAAGAGGGUACAGGGGGUGAUAGGGUAGGAGAUUGUAUCUGAAGAGGGUACAGAGGGGAUAGGGGCAGCAGUGUGUGCAGGGGGCUAGGGCAGCUGUAAUCUGUGCAGAAAUUGGUAAGGGGCUAUAGUGGUUGCAGAGAGGACUAGAGGCUGUGGUGGUCACAGUGGAAAUAGAGGCUGUUGUAGGAGCAGGGGAGAUAGGAUUUCUAUUGUUUGCAGUGGGGGAUUGGGGCGGUAUUGGGUACAGGAUAGGUGCAGAGAGAUAGGGGCAGUAGUAGGUGAAGGUGACGGAUAGGAGCUAUAGUAGUUGCCUCUCAUUGGCUUUACUGAGUGCAGGAGGGUUAGGGGCUAUAGUGGGUACAAGGGGUAAUAGAGGUUGUAGUGGGUAUAGUGGGGUUAGUGUUGUAGUGCGUGGAUCCUGUAAAUGAAAACAUAUUUUACUGGGUUAGACUAACUGAGUUCACUUAUAUUUAAUAACCUUUUUACUUAUCAUCAUAUGUAUUGUAAAUUGGCAUUGUCAGCCCGUUUACUAUAGCAAUCCUUUAUAUGUUAUUAUUGAAUUCUAUUGUAACUAUACAUAUUUAUACGUUCUCUAUUAUUAUGGUGUGUAAUAAAAUUGUCUUUCUAAUUAUCUAAUCUAUAAACGCACCAAAGCUUUGAUAAAUUAUUUAAUGACACAAAUGGCUGUUAAUAAUCUACUUUUGCAUUGUUUGCAGAUAUUUUUCCUGACUAUGUCAAGAAUAUUGUUCCUCUUCUCCAUCUUCCUGUUUUCAAAAUGUCUGACAGCUAUGUGGUUUCCUAAAAGCCUACCUUGUGAUGUGAUAAAUGAUGAAGAAAGUGCCACUGUAAUUGUGGACUGCAGUGAUCGCCGGUUGAUCAAAAUCCCACCGGGAAUUCCCUCCAAUGUCACUAAUUUGACCUUGACUAUUAAUCAUAUCCCAGAAAUUUUACCAGAAUCAUUUGCUCACCUGAAGGACUUAAUUGAACUUGAUUUUCGCUGCAACUGUGUACCUAUAAUGCUGGGACCAAAAGACAGAGUUUGUACUAAUAGAUUAUUUAUUAAGGAUGGAAGCUUUUCAUCAAUGAACAAUUUAAGAUCUCUUUAUUUGGAUGGAAACCAACUUCUAAAAAUCCCAAAAGGUCUUCCAGUAAACUUAGUACUAUUGAGUCUUGAAGCCAAUACUAUAUUUUCUCUCUACAAAGAGAACUUUACUGGAAUAUCUAAUAUUGAAAUGUUAUACCUUGGACAGAAUUGUUAUUACAGAAACCCUUGCAAUGUCUCUUUCCAUGUUGAAAAGGAUGCCUUUGAAGACUUACUUAAUUUAACCAUUUUAUCUAUUAAAUCAAACAACUUGUCUUAUGUUCCUGAAGGUCUCUCAAGUACGUUAAGGGAACUGUAUCUUUAUAACAACAGAAUUGAAUACAUUCACGAAUAUGAUUUAAAAAAUAUGUACAAUUUAGAGAUUCUAGAUUUAAGUGGAAAUUGCCCUAGAUGUUAUAAUUCACCAUUUCCAUGCAUUCCAUGUGAAAAUGGAGCUCCAAUCAACAUACACCCAAAUGCUUUUGCCACUCUAAAAAACCUGAGGAUUUUACGCCUUCACAGCAACUCACUGCGCAAUGUCUCAAGUGCAUGGUUUAAAAAUACCCGGAACCUCCAAAUUCUUGACUUGUCCCAAAAUUUUCUGGCGUCUGAAAUUAGAUGUGCUGGCUUCUUGACUCUACUCCCAAAAUUAAAAGAACUUGAUUUCUCUUUCAACUUUGAACUUCAAGUAUAUUCUAAAGAUUUACAACUUUCGAAAACAUUUUCCAGUUUGUUGUCCUUGGAGACAUUAAGAAUUCGUGGUUAUGUAUUUCAGGAAUUAAAUAAAAAAAAUCUAUCACCUUUGUUUAAAUUAAAAAAUCUUACAGUUUUGGAUCUAGGAACAAAUUUUAUUAAAAUAGUUGAUUUUACUUCAUUUCAAAAAAUCCCCUCUCUGCAGACAGUAGUUCUCUCCAAUAAUAAAAUAUCUCCCUCUGGUGGAUCUUCUUUAGCUGCUUGUUCAGCCUUCAGUACAUAUCCUGAGCAAUAUAAUGUCAGAGGUUUCCAUGACAUUCACUAUUUUCUUUAUGAUGAAAAUGCCCGACACUGCAAAUCCAAAAUUAAAGAGGACUCGAGAUUUCAGCUGUUUGUAAACGAGGAUUGCAAAGCUUAUGGAAUGGCAUUAGACCUAAGUCAAAAUAACUUUUUUUUUAUAAGACCUACAGAUUUUAAUGACCUUGGAUAUCUAAAAUGCCUUAAUUUGUCAGGAAAUGCCAUUAGUCAGACUCUAAAUGGCACAGAAUUUAGUACUCUAAGAAAAUUAAAAUAUUUGGAUUUUUCAAACAAUCGUGUUGAUCUUCUCUAUCAAAAUGCUUUCCAGGAACUAACUGAACUAGAGGUAUUGGACCUUAGUUACAACAAGCAUUACUUUUUAGCAGAAGGCAUAACUCACAUGCUAAAUUUUACAGCCAAUCUUAAAAGUUUAAAAAAAUUAAUAAUGAACUGGAAUGAAAUAUCGACUUCAACAAAUAACGAAAUGAUUAGUCAAUCACUUCAUACUCUGGAGUUCAAGGGAAAUAACUUAAAUGUUUUAUGGAGAGAAGGGGAUAAAAGGUACUUAAAUUUCUUCAAAAAGUUGUCUGAACUUUCUGUCCUAGACAUUUCUUACAAUUCUUUACCAUUUAUACCCAAUGGUGUUUUCGAAGGUAUGCCUCCCAAACUUACCGAAUUAAAUCUGGCAAAAAACAAUUUAAAAACGUUUGAAUGGAAAAAUCUGCACUUUUUACAAAAACUUGAAGUGUUGGACCUAAGUUACAAUUAUUUGACUACAGUGCCCCAAGAGUUAUCAAACUGCACAUGUUCAAUCAUCAGACUUAUUUUAAGUAAUAAUAAAAUCAAAACGCUAACUCCUCAUUUUCUUAGAAAUGCUUUUACCUUGAAACUUCUGGAUUUAAGUGACAACAAGAUUCAGUAUAUAGGACAGACCAGUUUUCCUGAGAAUGUUCUGGAUAAUUUAAACUUGUUAAAACUGCAAGGAAAUCCGUUUAAAUGCACCUGUGAUGCUGUAUGGUUUGUGUCUUGGAUAAAUCGCACAAAAGUGAGCAUUCCCAAUUUAGUAACUGAUGUCAUUUGCGCAGGACCUGGGGCACACAGAGGGAAGAGCCUGGUCCUUUUAGAUUUGUUUACCUGCCAACAGAAUAACUAUAAUAUUAUCCUAUAUUCUUUUUUUACAUCAUUUAUUAUUUGCCUAACGAUGAUCUGCAUUUCAAGCCACCUCUUCUUCUGGGAUUUUUGGUACAUAUAUCAAGUAUUUAAAGCUAAGGUCAAUGACUAUAAGAGACUUCCUAAAUUUUGCUAUGAUGCAUUUAUUGUCUAUGAUACUACCGAUUCUGCUGUAUCAGACUGGGUUUAUAAUGAAUUUGUGAAUGUUAUUGAAGAACAAGGUGAUAAAAAGUAUAAUUUAUGUUUAGAAGGUCGAGACUGGCUGCCAGGUCUUCCUUUUGUAUAUAACCUUCAAGAAAGUGUACAGCAUAGCAGAAAAACAGUGUUUGUUCUUACCAAGAAAUAUGUUAAAAGUGGGCAUUUCAAGACAACAUUCUACAUAGCUCACCAGCGUCUUAUUGAUGAGCGAACUGAUGUUAUAAUUUUAAUAUUUCUCGAAGAAAUAUUAGAAAGGUCCCGAUAUCUCAACCUGCGGAAAAGUUUGUGUAGAAACUCAGUUUUAUAUUGGCCAUCCAACCCAAAGUCUCAAAAAUACUUUUGGCACUGCUUGAAAACAGCUUUAGCAUCAGAUAAUCAAAUGGCAUAUGAUAAACUUUUUAAAGAAAAAAAGUGGGAGCCAUAAUAAAUAUGUUUGUCAUAACCAGUGAGUAAUGCUGUGCAAUGUAUAUAAUCUAAGAAUAUAUUUAGGGGUUAAUAACCUCAUGGGUUGUGCAAUAAAUAUGUUUUCAUUCUUCACAUAUGAAUGGUGAGUGAGACCAAGCAAAUUAAUGGGGACCCUCUCUAAUCUCUGCGCCGUAGGCAGAUGCCUAAGGUCACCAUAUGGCUAUUCCUGCUCACCUACCAAGAAACCUCCAUCUUUGAACAACAUGCAUAUUGGGGUUUAAAUUCCAAAGUACAAUUUUAGUUUUAGUUUAUUAGUGUUCCCCCACACCACCACAAUUUGUUAUUUUUUGAAUAACCCCACUUGUGCAGGUUGCUCUGUAUUCUUGCUUGCUUACACAUAUAUUUGAUUAUAUUCAUGACAAUGUGCUAAACCUUUAUGUACCGUCUGAUUUAUGCUUUCCUAGGAUCCUACAUAUAAUGUGCCCACCUGCCAUACCUAAUUGUUCUCUUAGCAAAUACCUGUGUAAUGCCACAAAUAUUACAUCUUAGAUAAAAUUGAUACUUACCUGAACUCCUAUCUUCUAUAUUGUCUAUCUUCUAUAUUGUCAGAACAUUAGCAGCAGACAGAAUGUGAGUACACUCUUGGCAGCUGUCUGUGUGUGGCAAUAGCAUGCUGCCUAGGCUAUAUACACACAUUUUCCUCUAACUAACUACAAACUAACAUCCAAUGCGAUAGUUCACCAGCCACAUAGCAUAUGGCGUUUCAAGGUGACACAUUGAGUUGGCCACUCCAGUAGCACUUGGCUAGGGGUCAGGGCUGUAUUAAGAGGCUAUUCGACAUGGUGCUGGAGAGUAUGAUGGACCCAAUUAUCGAUAUAAAACACUAAACAGUAAUACCUCCCAAGUGUCUUGUGUCUGGUGGGGGUGGUGCUGGAGGGAAACUCACAGGAUGCUUUUAUAAGAAAACACGUGAUAAUUUCUCAUCUUCAUGUCUCCAUGUCUUAUAAGCCUCACAGCUUUCUGCUCCUCUCUCUCCCUAAUCAUACAUUUGAAAUUCUCUCUCUUUACCAAUCAGUUGUCCACUCCUUUCCAUCGAUCGCCAUUAUUAGCAUUUCAGUGAAAGAGGUGGGUAUCCUGAGUGUAGCAAAAAGGGAAGAUGCUUGACUGUUAAAGAGACAGAAACUGUGCAAAGAUGGCUUUUUAUUAACAAUUUUAUAAUCAGCCAGUACACAAGUUAUGUUCUCUUGAACCCCUCCUAAGUUCCUAUACCCUUUUCCAUCUGUCAGCAUCAUAGAGCAAAAGUAUUAUUUAUGUAUCUAUUUAUUUGAAUCAAUGGGCUUGUUGGGUGGGCAUGUGCCUGGAGCUUUAGCUCUAUUAGCCCCUUUGUUAAUCGGUCCCUGCAGGUGAUAUGGUAUUAACUAUUACAUUUAGAAUAGUUAGUUACAGGUUAGGCUAUGGCAGUAUGCUAUUUACCACAAACCAGCAAUAUAGAGAGAGUAUACUCACUUCCAUUACGCUGCUAGUAAACUAAUGCUGAAAAUAUUAUAAAACAUAAAUAAAGAAAAAUUUAAGUAAAGUAAAAAACCCAAAAGACCCAUCAAGAUAUUCUGCUAGGAAGAGGGAAGUGCUUAUGCCAUUGUACAGAACACUGGUGAGACCUCACUUGGAGUAUUGUACGCAGUACUGGAGACCAGACCCGGACUGGCCAUCGGUCACACCGGGCAAACGCCCAGUGGGCCACGGUGGCCAUGGGCCGAGGCCAGCAGGGAGAUCACAGGAUCUUUCCUGCCGGUCUUUGCAGGGCCGGUACUAUCCGAGCGCCGGCCCUGCCGUAGUCCACGGCGGGCCGGUGGGGAGAUCAAAGAUCUCCCGCACCGGCCCACAUAUAGUAUACUGCUGCCGGCGGGGAGAGAGGGAGGGAGACAGCCAGGAGAGGAACCUGGCGGAGCUCCACCAGGUUCCUCUCGCAAGAUUCGGAGUCUCGCGAGGAACAUCAGGGAUGGAUGCCAGCAGCAGCAGGAUCCCCCCUGCCAGGCUAAAGGUAAGCAGGGAGGGGGGAUAUAAUCACUCAGGUCACAGCAGCCUCACUUACUCACAGACACCCUGAACCCCUAACACUCACAGCACCCUCACUCACACAAACACUGCACCCCUGACACUCACAGCACCCUCACUCACACACACAGCACCCCUGAGACUCACAGCACCCUCACUGACACAAACACUGCACCCCUGACACUCACAGCACACACAAACACACACACUGCACCCCUGACACUCACAUCACCCUCACUCACACACUCACACACACUGCACCCCUAACACUCACAGCACCCUCACUCACAGAAACACACUGCACCCCUGACACUCACAGCACCUUCCCACACACACUGCACCCCUGACACUCACAGCUUCCUCACACGCACACACUGUACCCUCACACACAGCUUUCUCACAUGCAUAUAGCACCCUCACGUAAACACAGCACCCACACACACACACACAAACACACACUGCACAAUAUGCUUUCCUAGCAUUUUUGUCUCCUGGUAUCCCAACUAUGGAGACACCAGAGACAAAUUUCAAGCAAACACAGUGCAAGCAUGUUAUUAAAUUUGCUUGUGCUGUGCAGAACAAAUACAGGGUCUUUUUCUCAUGCCAGAGCUCUUUAGCAGAGCUCUGCGCAUGGUCUACCCUGGAAGUGCAUUGAACUAACAUACUCACUUUGUGAUGGGGCGUGCUUGUCAUUGGUGAUGUCAAAACAUACCCUACCUGGCCCUGCGCCCUUUUGAGUGGGCCGCUGUAAUUAAAAAAUGCCUGGGCCGAAUUUUCUUCCCAGUCCGGCCCUGCUGGAGACCGUAUCCUCAGAAGGAUAUUGAUACUUUAGAGAGAGUUCAGAGAAGGGCCACUAAACUGGUUCAUGGAUUGCAGGAUAAAACUUACUAGGAAAGGUUAAAGGAGCUUAACAUGUAUAGCUUGGAGGAAAGACGAGACAGGGGGGAUAUGAUAGAAACAUUUAAAUACAUAAAGGAAAUCAACACAGUUAAGGAGGAUACUACAUUUAAAAGAAGAAAAACUACCACAACAAGAGGACAUAGAGGGGCAAAGGUUUACAUGUGGCAAUGCACAAGAGUAAUAAAAAGAAAAUCAAAUUACUGAUUAGGGACAGAAGAUCCCUUCAUAUGUCUUAAGAAUUCCUAAAUGUAAUGCGGCACCAUAGAGAUACUAAAUAUAGAUUCUGUAAGGAAUGCACCUAAGCUGUCUCAAUAAAGUUUCAAUCCUGUCUAGAGUUGUUACUAUGAAUUAAGAAAUCAAGUUCUAAAUAACAAGGGAGAGGGUAAAUAAGAGUAGGUAGAUUCAAACUCUAUAGGAGGGAGCCAUACCUAGUCAUAUAUAGGGCAUCUGUACCAAACAGUGAAUCAUGCAAUAUAAAAAUAAAAUUGUUAAGCUGUAAGAAAAAAAAUAUGCGAAAUCAAGUUUUAAGCACAUAUACUAGGCGGUAUUUCAUGCCCUACAGAAAGUAAUAACUGGCAAUGGUAACUCUGGACCAGUAAAAUGUACAUUAAAUUCCACCUCCUACUAUAUACAUCAUAAAUCCAAAAGUUACUAUAAAAUAAAUAGGGACAGAAACAGGUGAAGUAUAGAAAAAGGAAAUAAUCCCUCUCUCCCUGAAAAAUUAGCCUGAUAAAGGUGCAUCUCUGUGUGCACCAAAAUGUGCAUUGGGCACUUUCAUUAUUUGUAUGUUCACUUACCGGUACAUUAUGCACUUGGUUCAAUUUUGUGAUAAAUCAUCAGCCUUUCCUGUCUCUGCCUUUCCUGUCUAACUUGAAAAAUAAAUAAAACAUUCAUUUCUCACACUUUUCUAUAUUAUAUUCAUAUAAAUUAUAUAUAUAUAAUAUAUAUAUAUAUAUAUAUAUUCAUAUAUAUAUAUAUAUAUAUAUAUAUACACAAUAUGUAUAAAGAAAGGAUGCACUCUCCGGUCUUUCAAACAGUAGAAAAGUAUUUAAUCCAUCAAAAGGUAUACAAUAAUAUGACCGACGUUUCGACCCAUUCGGUUCUUCCUCAAGAUCAACAUGUAACCAUAAAAGCAAACUAUAUAUAGAAAAAGUGUAGUGUACACACCAAUUGUGAUAAUCACCCUCCUCACCUCAAUCAAAACCCGGUAGUGUCUGCCGAUCGUCAUGUGAUUUGCGUGAUGAUGUGACCACGUUGAACGUGCGUGAUGACGUGAGCGUGGUUGCUAGGAAACCAGUGUAUACAGCAAAAGACCGGUCUAGAAUAGUUCCGUGUAGAGUGAAUGAUAAACUCUAUGUGACUAUCUAUUAGGGUAUAUACAAACAUGCUACAUACAACGUGAAAAUCACUGUGGAACAAGUAUUGUGUGAGGCAUCCUAUGAGUUGUGUAUAGUGAAGAAAGAAUCAGUGCCAACUGUAUAUACAAAAAUAUAAGUGAAAAAUUGUGACAUGCCCCAGAGUGACAAACAUGCCUAUAUAUCUAUACAAAAAUUAAAAACAAUGUUAUUAUACCAUAGGAAGAAAAUGUACCACAAUUACUAUUGUCUAGAAGGCUAGUAAACCAACAAUAUGUUAUUUUACAUAACUUUUUAAAUAUCUUAAUAGAUAAUUUAGGCUUGAGUGGGAGCAUAGGAACCUAAUGCUAUAGACAGAUAUAUUUAUGUCAAAUAGAAACUGACAGAAACAAAAACAUAUUUUCUCAAUUCUUCCAAAUUACAUUUGUUACAUAGAACUUAUGUCACUAAUAGGGAAUCAUGGAAGCAGCAUUGAGUUUACAUUAGCCACCUAGCAAAAUCAUGUGCAUACUAUUACAGUGAUGAAGUGUUAUCAGAAAAACUUAUAGCCAUACAUAUAUAUUGGCUCGAAAAAAGAAAUGAAAUUAAAAUAGAAAAAAAAAAUUAAUUAACAAAUGGAGAUAGCACUAUAUACAUGUAGAAAGAUCUGGCCUGAACAGGGAUCUCGUAUUCAGAGGAAGAUAGAAUAAACAAUAUUUUCAUUCAGUCCUCUAGGUGUCACGGUGUCUAAACGAUGUAUCCAACGAGCCUCCCUUUGCAGCAGCAUUUUGGAUCUGUCUCCCCUUCUAGGUGGGGGGGGAUGUGGUCGAUAGCUGUAAAACGUAAAGUCGGUAGUCGAUGUCCCAGGUCUAAAAAGUGUUUUGCAACUGGUUUGUCACUAGCGUUGUCACAAAAUGCAGUAGUGAUGGUAGAUCAGUGACCACGUAUCCUAUCUCUAAGGGUCAAGUUAGUUUUGCCCACAUAAGGUAAUCAUGUCGAUCACAUGGUCAGUUGUACAUGUAAUGUAUUGUGAGAUGUUGAUUCUUUUGCCACUGUGGGGGUGGGCAAAAGUAGUUCCACUGACCAUGUGGCUACAAGUUACACACCCACUACAUUUGAAACACCCCUUGUGGCAAUUUUAGUUGGUAUUUGAUAGCAGUGUCUAGGAUCGUUUCUCACGAGUAUAUCUCUGAGGUUUUUAUUCCUUUUGUAACUAAGUGUGGGUGGGUUUUGGAACGUCUUAGGCAGUUGUUUGUCCGCUCGUAACAAUCCCCAGUGUUUAUUGAUGGAAUUUCUGACCACCGAUGUACCUGUGUGGAAGGUAAUAGGGAGGAAUACCUUGGAUGUCGGUAUUGCUUUGGUAAUCUUUUUCUCCUUUUCAGACUCCCAUAUUUCUUUUUCUCGUGUCUUGGCUAUUUUGAGAGUAUGGACCAGAUAGCCUAUAGCCCUAAACCUAAUCCACAUUUCCUGGAUUUGUGUUUCACGAUAUUACAUAGUACUGUUAUAUCUAUAGACUCUCAGGAAUUGGGAUAUAGGUAAAGAAGCGUUGACAUUUUAUGGGAGGAAACUUGAGGCCAUGAGUAGGGUAUUCCGUUCCAUCUUUUUCCGAUAGAGUGUGAACUCUAAUUUCCCAUGUUGUUUAAAAAUGGUCAUGUCUAGGAACUGUAUAGAGUGUACAUCAUGGGAGCUUGGUUGAUUUCAGAUAUCAUCUGCUCUAGUUCAUCAGUAGUGCCAGUCCAAAUCAGAAAUAUACAGAUAUACCACAUAGAGCAGAAACACCUUAGUGGGAAAAGUAGAGAAGGGCAAAAGGGUGAUUUUACCCUGAUAAAGUAUUGCACGUAGAGUAGGACUCCUCCAAGCCCUCAAUCACAGAAUACAAAGUACCAAAUAACCGGUAACUACAAUGCAAAACGCGAACCGGUAACUACAAUGCAAAAAGAGAAAAACAUAGCUAAAACAAUAUAAAAAUGGGUAGAAUGCACACUCACAAACCCAAAUUUGAUUGAAGGCAUAUCAAAUAAUAUGUAGAGUAUCCUCAUUUUGAGAUUGCAGCAUAUGGGAGAGAGACAUUUAAAAAAUAAUAGUGCAGAGUUUCUAAAAACAGUAUAAAUCUUUAAUAAAUAUUGCACUUACAAGAUAAAGGUAUUAGAUAAGCACAUCACAAAAUACCAUCUCGAUAGCAGCACAUCAUAAAAUACCAUCUCGAUAGCAGCACACAGGAACACCUUCAGACGUUAUGUACACUGAUGGGAACCUCAAGCAGCAUCAAAAAUAGUAAAUAAAAUAAAAGAUAAUAAAAAAGUGGAGCUGCUUAACUGGGAGACUGGUUUUUGAUUGUUUUUCCCUGAAGAAAUUCAGUUCUCUGAACGAAACGCGUAGGGCUUGUUUCCUAAGAGUUUCUUUUACUCUACUUUUUUAUCAGUGUACAUAACGUCUGAAUGCUAUUGAGAUGGUAUUUUGUGAUGUGCUGCUGUUGAGACGGUAUUUUGUGAUGUGCUUAUCUAAUACCUUUAUCUUGUAAGUGCAAUAUUUAUUAAAGAUUUAUACUGUUUUUAGAAACUCUGCACUAUUAUUUUUUAAAUUCCUCUCUCCCACAUGCUGCAAUCUGGAAAUGAGGAUACUCUACAUAUUAUUUAAUACGCCUUCAAUCAAAUUUGGGUUUGUGAGUGUGCAUUCUACCCAUUUUUAUAUUGUUUUAGCUACGGCAAUAUUGCCCUAUGUUUUUCUCUUUUUGCAAAUCAGAAAUAUGUGGUCUACAAAAUGAUGGUGAUGUCUGAUCCGAUUACCAAAUCUGAUUUAGGAUCUGCUGGAUUUCGAAGACGAACAUAAAGGCAUUGGCAUAAGAUGGUGUCAUCGCCGCUCCCAUGGCUGUCCUGGAGAGUUGAAGAAAAGAAUUGUUCUCAAAUUUAAAGUAUUUUGCAAGAUAGAGCAAUGUAAAGAAAUACCAACAGAAAUUCUAUAGACGGUCCUGUAUAUAAUGGAGAAAAUCUGACGACUUCUCACAGAGCCUGCACACCGCCCUGAUCGGGUAUGACCGUGUACAGGCUCUUGACAUCGAUGGUGACCAACUGAGAGGUGUCUUCUAUCAAAAGUGCUCGGUUGAUCUUAUGGAUGAAGUCCUGUGUGUCUCAUAGACAAGUGGGGAGUGCCAUUACACUGUUUUUAAUAUGAUAGUCGAUGUAUUUCGUGAUGGGUUCCAGUAAGCCCUCCUUGGCUGACACUAUAGGCCUGCCUGGUGGGGUUUUGGGAUCCUUGUGGAUUUUAGGUAACGUGUAGAGCACUGGAUGUUUAGGACAUUCAACAAAUAGGAAUUGUGCUGUUUUUUCAUCAAAAUUUUCAUUUCUGAUUCCCAUCUCAAUAUGGUUUUUGAUUCUUGUCUGGAACUUCUUCACGGGAUCGAAUGCGAGUUUGGUGUAAGGGUUGGCUAAGAUCCUUUAAGGCCAUUUUUUCUCCUUUAGUUAAGUUAGGAUAAUGUUUGGGAUGAUUUAGCAUCAUUUUCUCUGUGUCAGCUUUGACUGCUUGGAUAAAGGUUUUGAUGGAGGGGUUAGGUGUUCGGAUAUCUUUGUCAUACUUCUUAAAGAAUGGAUGUGGUGAUGUCUGUAUGUUAUCCUUCCUAAUUUCAUUGCUGUACAAAGUACGCUGUGUCUUAUACAUUUCAAUUUCCAUUUGGAAAGGGUCAGGUCUCGAAACUGGAACGAAUGAUAACUCUUUAUUUAGUAGGGAAUAGUGGUCAUUGUUUAAAACUUUAUGGGAUAAAUUGAAGACAGUUAUCAUUUCCUCAUUCUGGGAGGCCUCCCAGUACGAUUUGAAUUUCUUCCAGUUAUUCCGCCCUCUUCGUGUUGGGCGGUUCUUUUUGUCACUCUGGGGCAUGUCACAAUUUUUCACUGAACUCUGACUUCCACCAGCCUGUGCCACCACUGGACCCCAGGGAAAGUCAUCCUACUGCACUUAAAAGGUAGGACACAGGAGGGUGACUUAAAUAUUAUACGUGUGUGUGUCUAUGUAUGUGUGCCUGUCUGUUUGUAUGCAUUUAUGUGUCUUUAUAUGUAUGUGUGUCUUUGUGUGUGUAUGUGUCUGUCUGUCUGUCUGUCUGUAUGUAUGUGUCUGUGUCUGUCUCUAUGUCUCUGUCUGUAUGUAUGUGUCUAUGUCUAUCUGUUUUUAUGUAUGUAUGUGUCUUUGUAUGUAUCUGUGUCUUGUGUGUGUGUCUGUCUCUAUGUGUGUAUGUCUGUAUGUAUGUGUGCCUGUCUGUAUGUAUAUGUCUUUGUAUGUAUGUGUUGUGUGUGUAUGUGUCUGUAUGUGUCUGUCUGUGUGUGUGUGUGUCUCUGUAUGCAUGUGUGUGUGUGUGUGUGUCGGGCAGGGGUUAAGGGGGGGAAGAAGGGGGGUCUAUGGAUCAGUUUUGCACCGGGGCCCCAUGGGUUGUGUGUACGCCACUGAUAGCAGCUAUGUGGCCGUGUCACUGUGACACCCUCAAGAGUCUAAAAAUAAUAACGAGAGAUACUAUGAACCAUUUGCAUGCAAGUCUGUAUAGUGAAAAGAUGCCAUGCUAAAGUCUAGAACAUCAAGUGGUUAGAGUCAGUAGUGAUACCUGUCCGUGUAUAUACCAAUGGUAUAUGUGGUCUGAUAUACUACAAGUGUCAAAUUUAAAUGUUUAUGCCUUAUUGUUUCUUGCUAUAUAAUGUAACCACCGUAAGUUUGAAUACCAGAGGAAAGAGGAAGGAGGUGUGGUCCUAUUAAUAUACCAAUAAUAAAUAACCUGAACAAUACUGAUUAGAAUUAAUCAUGUGGAGUUGUUAAUGCACGUACCAAUACUAGGAAGGAAGACUUGGGCUUUGAUAACGCAAUUGAUUUACGAAUUGCUACCCUAUAGAGUAUGGAGUGAUGAAAUGAAAAGCAGGGUAAACAUAUGCUUAUGACCAACCUCGUAAUUGAUCAUAGUGAGGGAACCAGUAUCACCUAUAUUCGGAAAUUAAUCACAUGUGCACUUAUCCUCUCUUUAACCCCUUAAGGACACAUAACAUGUGUGACAUGUCAUGAUUCCCUUUUAUUCCAGAAGUUUGGUCCUUAAGGGGUUAAAGCCUAAAAAUCAAUAACAAGUUUAUCCGUAAUUAUCUAACAGGCCACAAGGUGGCGGUAUGCUGAGCUGUUUGAACAAAGUAUGAAGCUGAACCAGCUUAAGUAAUAACAAAUCAGAGAAACACAGGUUUGAACCUGAUAAGCAGGGAAGUGUCAAAAGUGGCAUCAACUGUGCUAACUUCACUGAAACAGCCUGUGCUUAGAGUGCAGGGUAAGGAGGAGGGGGGCUGUACCUAAGCGGCACGUAUACUGAAAACCCCCGGGAGAUGCGGUUACCCACUGUGGCUGUGUCCGUAGCAAGGAUUAACCCCCCCUGUCCCUUGCCAGUUGUUAGGAUGAGUAGGGUAGCAGAACGUCCUGCCAUGCCGUGAGAGGUUAACCUGCAUACACUCUUGGAGCGGCUGCAGUACCUCCGUGUAGUGACCGGCUUACUGACAGGUUACCCGGAAGUGAUGUCACUCGGAACAGAGCGAUGCCUAAGAGAGUCUAGUGCAGAUGGGGAGUAUUUAUCUUAGCACUAGCACUUUUAUUUUUUUAUGUGAAAUUAAAGACUUAUUUCUCCUGAAUAAAAUGAUAUAUAAUAAGUUUGGGUAUACUCAAUGUAAAAGAAGAAAAUUAUGGUUGAACAUACAUAUAGCUAAAAUUCCAGGUUUUGUUUGAUCAGAACUUGUACAAUUACCUCUGUCCUUAAGGGGUUAAUGAAGAUAUUUUUAAUUUAUUUUUAAUGAUUAGGUCCAUGCUAUUCUUACAAUAUAUUUUUAAGCAUCAUUUAACCCAUUUUUUAAAAAUAAUAAAGAUCUUUUUUCUUUAAUCUAUUUCUCAUAUAUUGAGAUUUAGUUAGUCUCUACAGAUCUUAUUGAUUUUUUAAACAGCUCUGAUGCAUCAAGGCAUGGACUCCACAAGUUCUCUGAAUGUGUUCUGUGAGAUCAGGGGAAUUUGGAGGCCAAAACAACACCUUUAACCUUUUGCCAUGUUCCUGAAAUCAUUCCUGAACAAUAUUUGCAGUGGGGCAGGGUGCGUUAUCCUGCUGAAAGGAGUCACUGCCAUCAGGGGACACCACUGUUGGAGUUGGUGAAUGUCAGGACCCAAUGUUUCCCAGCAGAACAUUUCUCACGUGGCCAGCCUUCUUCCCAUAGUGCAUCCUGCUGCCAUCUCUUCCCUAGUUAAACGAUGCACACGCACCCAUCCAUCUUAUCUAAAACAAAAGGUGAUUCAUCAGACCAGGCAACCUUCUUUAUGUUCCAGUUCUGAUGUUCCCAUUUCCAUUGAAGGCACUAUCAGGGGUCAUCAUGGGCACUCUGACUGCUUUGCUGCUAUGGAGCCCCAUACACAGUAAACUGCAAUGCACUGUGUAUUCUGACACCUUUUUAACAUGGCCAUCAUUAAUUUUUUCAGCAAUUUGAGCUGAAAAACUCUUGUGUGUGAUCGGACCAGAUGGGCUAGCCUUCACUUCCCAUGUGCAUCAGUGAGUCUUGGAUGACCAUGACCUUGACGCAGGUUCAUCAGUUGUCCUACCUUGCACCACUUUUGCUAGGUGCUAAGCACUGCAUAUCGGGAACACUACACAAAAGGGUUAGUGGGCAUGGUCAUCUUACUAACCCCUCCUCUUUGCAAUGACUCCACCUCUCCAUCUAGACACACGCACCGACAGUCACACUCUCACUGAUUUAACACACACUCACUGAUUUAAAAACCCUCACUGGCAGACACACACACACUGACAGACAGGGCCAGCACUGGGAGGAGGAGAGGAGGCCAAGGACCCUAGUGUCUAGUGAUGGGGAGGCAGGCAUUCCUGAUAAUUGUUUUAGUGAAUAACCUUGUCAGACAUGAAUUAACACACACCAUCACAAUUAUUGGUGUUUAGGUGUGUUAUGUGACAGGGUAGGUAGUUACACUCAGCAGAGUAUUGCUGAUGUAACACCACCUACACUCAGCAGCUCCUUUACCAGCCACAUACUACAAGGAGUGCAGAAUUAUUAGGCAAAUUAGUAUUUUGACCACAUCAUCCUCUUUAUGCAUGUUGUCUUACUCCAAGCUGUAUAGGCUCGAAAGCCUACUACCAAUUAAGCAUAUUAGGUGAUGUGCAUCUCUGUAAUGAGAAGGGGUGUGGUCUAAUGACAUCAACACCCUAUAUCAGGUGUGCAUAAUUAUUAGGCAACUUCCUUUCCUUUGGCAAAAUGGGUCAAAAGAAGGACUUGACAGGCUCAGAAAAGUCAAAAAUAGUGAGAUAUCUUGCAGAGGGAUGCAGCACUCUUAAAAUUGCAAAGCUUCUGAAGCGUGAUCAUCGAACAAUCAAGCGUUUCAUUCAAAAUAGUCAACAGGGUCGCAAGAAGCGUGUGGAAAAACCAAGGCGCAAAAUAACUGCCCAUGAACUGAGAAAAGUCAAGCGUGCAGCUGCCACGAUGCCACUUGCCACCAGUUUGUCCAUAUUUCAGAGCUGCAACAUCACUGGAGUGCCCAAAAGCACAAGGUGUGCAAUACUCAGAGACAUGGCCAAGGUAAGAAAGGCUGAAAGACGACCACCACUGAACAAGACACACAAGCUGAAACAUCAAGACUGGGCCAAGAAAUAUCUCAAGACUGAUUUUUCUAAGGUUUUAUGGACUGAUGAAAUGAGAGUGAGUCUUGAUGGGCCAGAUGGAUGGGCCCGUGGCUGGAUUGGUAAAGGGCAGAGAGCUCCAGUCCGACUCAGACGCCAGCAAGGUGGAGGUGGAGUACUGGUUUGGGCUGGUAUCAUCAAAGAUGAGCUUGUGGGGCCUUUUCGGGUUGAGGAUGGAGUCAAGCUCAACUCCCAGUCCUACUGCCAGUUCCUGGAAGACACCUUCUUCAAGCAGUGGUACAGGAAGAAGUCUGCAUCCUUCAAGAAAAACAUGAUUUUCAUGCAGGACAAUGCUCCAUCACACGCGUCCAAGUACUCCACAGCGUGGCUGGCAAGAAAGGGUAUAAAAGAAGAAAAUCUAAUGACAUGGCCUCCUUGUUCACCUGAUCUGAACCCCAUUGAAAACCUGUGGUCCAUCAUCAAAUGUGAGAUUUACAAGGAGGGAAAACAGUACACCUCUCUGAACAGUGUCUGGGAGGCUGUGGUUGCUGCUGCACGCAAUGUUGAUGGUGAACAGAUCAAAACACUGACAGAAACCAUGGAUGGCAGGCUUUUGAGUGUCCUUGCAAAGAAAGGUGGCUAUGUUGGUCACUGAUUUGUUUUUGUUUUGUUUUUGAAUGUCAGAAAUGUAUAUUUGUGAAUGUUGAGAUGUUAUAUUGGUUUCACUGGUAAUAAUAAAUAAUUGAAAUGGGUAUAUAUUUGUUUUUUGUUAAGUUGCCUAAUAAUUAUGCACAGUAAUAGUCACCUGCACACACAGAUAUCCCCCUAACAUAGCUAUAACUAAAAACAAACUAAAAACUACUUCCAAAAAUAUUCAGCUUUGAUAUUAAUGAGUUUUUUGGGUUCAUUGAGAACAUGGUUGUUGUUCAAUAAUAAAAUUAAUCCUCAAAAAUACAACUUGCCUAAUAAUUCUGCACUCCCUGUAGAGGAGUUUCUAGGGUUGGGAGGUUUCUAAGGCUGCAUUCUAAAGCAGCCACUCACUCUCCUGAGACCUACCAUGUUCCAAGCUGCGAUACUCUUCCCUGCAGCGACACCCUUAUUAAAAUGCUUGGUCACAAAUGCACCCUCAAUUGACCCUGGUGGUCAAGUGGUAUCUUAUAUCAGUGCCCUGGCAGUCCGGUGGUGAAUAGCAGGAUGCGCACAUCCUCUUGUUUCAGAUCAUAAUAUCCACUCCUUUGCAGCUCCAGCUUUCAAUGUUGUCAGAGCGCAGGCUAAGAAUCUCUGAGCUUGUGCUCUUACUCACUAACUGAGCACUGGAACCACAAGGGAGAGGAUAUAAUCUGACUGCACCUGCUUCUGGUGUGCACCAGUGGACCAGCAUGGAAUCGUUUCAAUUUAAUAUGCUAGUUUUCCCAAUUUGUGAGCUGUGUUGGUCACUGGGCAUCUCUGUUGUCAUGACACCCUGUGUGACUGCACAGCCUGCACACCCCAAAGGCUGGCCCUGCUGACAAACACACUGCCACUCACUAUCAAUGACACACACACACAAACCCUGACAGACACACACUCACUGACAGGCAGACACACACACUAACAGAUACACACAUUCAUUGACAACACUCACUGACAGACAGACACACAUUGACAGACACACACAUUCACUGACAGACAACCACUUACUUGACAGACACACUCGCUGACACAUACACAAACAUUGACACACAUUAAAUGACAGACACACUUACUGACAGACACACACACACUGACAGUCACACUUACUGACACACACACACACACACACUCACUGACAGACAGAGCCGGUGCAAGUAUUUUUUCCACCCUAGGCAAAAGAAGAAAUUGCGCCCCCCCCUUAUGUGACAUCACAAUGCCCCACCCAUAUGAUCUGCUAUAUGAACUAACGUCAGUGCUGCACACAGUGUGUGUUUACAUUAAAAAGCCUGCAGAGACAGGCUCUAGACACCAGAACCACAACAUUAAGCUGCAGUAGUUCUGGGGACUGUAGUGUCCCUUUAAUGUGAGGUGAAUUAGAGAUUAGUGCCACAAAUAAUAUACUAGAUUGCCUACUUACAACCAAAUGAGGAUGAUGAGGGGCUCCGGCUGCAGUCUGGCUACACUGGUCUGGUGUAGAACAGGCUCUCUGGCGAAUGUUUGUAACUGUUGUCACAAAAGUCAAUGUUUUGGGUGGGCACAAAGCAGCUCCAUUUUUUUGGGCCCCUUGCACAGCUCAAGGUCUUGGUCCCCAGGGCCUGACGUUGAGUAUGCCCAUAAGGCCGAUCCACCUACAUGUUCCACCCAUAGGUUUGCUCACAGGGAGUGGAGUGUAUAGGGGAUCUAAAGUGUGUGCUUAUGGAAUGGAAUGUAUAGGGAUACUAGUUUGUGUAGGUGGUGCAGUGUGUGUAGUGGAUGCAGUGUGUUUUUGUGUAAGGGAUUAGAAAGCAGUGUGUGUUUGUGUGUAAGGGAUGUAUUGUGUGUUUCUGGUUGUGUUUAAGUGAUGCAUUGUGUGAAUCUGUAUUUGUAUGUGUAAAGGAUGCAAGGUGUAUUUCUGUGUAUGUAAGGGAUGUAGUGUGUGUGUCUGCAAGGGGUGCAUUGAGUGUGUGUGUAAGAAAUACAUUGUGUUUCUGUGUGUGUGUAAUAGAAGCAGUGUAGGUUUGUGUUUCUGUGUGUGUAGAGAUGCAUUAUAUGUUUCUGUGUAUGUAUAGGGAAGCAUUGUGUGUGUAGCAUGAAAGAGAGAGAGAGUUUGUGGGGUAGGAUAGGGGCUGAGUCCUACCAGCCCCUUUGUGCUUCUCUUUCCCCAUGUCUCAGCCUCUCUCCCCUCUUGUCCCUUACUGCUCUCCCCUCCUGUCCAUUAGAGCUCUCCCCUGCCCCACUGUCCCUUAGUGAUCUCCCCUGUCCCUUAGUGAUCUCUUCUACCCUUCCCCAGUCCCUUGGUGCUUCCCCCAUCCCUUAGGUCUCUCCUGCAGCCACCCUCCCUCAGUGGUCUGUCCCCCCCGUUCUUCUCACCCCCCCUCUCCUACCCUGUGUAGCGUGGCCGAGCUCUGGUUCGGUCCGUGGUACAGGAUUUUCUGUUUCCUGUCAGUCUGACCAGGUACCGGAAACAAAUGCUCCUGUAUGGCCCAGGCAGUGCUGCAGCCACUUGAGGCUCUCUAUAGAGCGCUCAGGCGGCUGCAGUAUGAGUGGGGGCAGCGCCUCUUCUUAAGGGGUGCCUUAGGCGACUGCCUAAGUCGCCUAUCAGAAGCACUGGCCCUGCUGACAGAUACACUUACUGACAAACAAACACACACUGACAGAUACACACUUACAGACAGAUACACUCGCUGACACACAAACAAACACUGACAGAUGCACUCGCUGACACACACAAACACUGAUAGAUACACACUCAAUGACAGACACACUAAUUGACAGACACAUACACUCACACACACUGACGGACAGACACACACUGAAAGUCACACUGACAGACACACACUUACUGACAGACACACUUGCUGACAGACACACAAACACACACUCACAGACACACGCACACUCACUGACAGGCACACACUUACUGACUGACAGACACGCACUUACUGACAGACACACACCCUCCCUAACAGACACACACACUCACUGACAGACACACACACACUUACUGACAGACACAUACACACUUACACAGUCUUGCACACACACUCAUAAAUUAAUUUUAUUACUUGUUGGUUGCUCCUACCUUUAGGAGUUCCCUGGGUCCUCUCCCUAGGGUCCUGUGGCUUCAAUGCUCUUCCUGCUCCUCUCUGCUCCCAUGCACUGCUUAGUGAUGUGAGGCCAGAAUGACAUCAUAUUCCGGCUCCCGGCAUCACCACAGAGGUUGCGCAAGGGAGCAGAGAGGAGCAGGAAGAUCAUCAGUUCAGACAGCGCACUCUCACUGCUUCCUACCCCCUUCCUCACCCGGCCCCGUAUGUUGCUGCAGAGUAGCCACCUGCCCUUUGGGAUAAGCGCUGCUCCAGGGACGACCUUAAGUGGGCAGUUGGCCACCUGCCGUGCCCCCCCUCCUCCUGGCGCCUGGGUGCAGUGCAACCCUUGCACCAGCCCAGGAUUGGCCCUGGGUCCUACUCCGUCGGGGUCGACAAGCACAUUCAAAUUUUUCCUGGCUUUAAAUACACUUUGAUUUUUCUACAAGAUCAUUUGUUCCCAGAUUUUUUUUGUUUAAAUAGGAUAAUCAAAUGUUGUAUUUGCAACUGCCAUACCAUUUAUGACAACAGAGGUAAUGCAUGUAUUGGAAAGUACACAUUCAUUUGUUAUAUAUAUAUAUAAAUGUCACAAAGCUGAUAAUAAACUCCUGUUGUGCUUUUAUUAUCAAAGUUUUAUCAAACUUCCCUUUUUUUCUAACUGCUUCCUGUGAAUUUUUCAUGUCACUGCGGACAUUCUGAUGUAGUAUAAGGCUUCCAACUAGAAAGCGGAGAGGUUUUAUUUUUUCUGGUCAUAGUAGAAGCCCGUACUGAUUCACAAUUGCUGACUGUGGUGCGAAACAUUGGCAAACUCUUCUCCAAAAGAAUCUACAGAAAUUCUGCACUUCUGGUAAGCAGAUUUGGGUAUGUAUUAUUAUUUACACUGUGAUAUAAUAAAAUAUGUUUUCUAGCAAGGAUCCUCUCUGGGAAAACAGUGCAAAUUUAAUUUAACAAACUGACUAAAGUAAUCCAUAAAAUAACAACCAUGUUACCUGAUAAAUGUAACUUUACAUCCCUCAUCCGAUUAAAAAUGAUCAAGCCGGUAAGACACAUGACUCUACAAAAUAACAUUUGCACUCAUUUGUUGAAACUUCAUAAAAAUUCAGCAAUGUACUUUUUCUCAUUUACAUUAAAGGACCACUCUAGGCACCCAGAGCACUUCAGCUUAAUGAAGUGGUCUGGGUGCCAGGUCCCUCUAGGAUUAACCCUUUUUUUAAUAACCAUAGCAGUUUCAGAGAAACUGCUAUGUUUAUAAUAGGGUUAAUCCAGCCUCCAACUCCUCUAGUGGCUGUCUCAUUGACAGCCGCUAGAGGCGCUUGCGUGAUUCUCACUGUGAAAAUCACAGUGAGAACACGCAAGCGUCCAUAGGAAAGCAUUAUGAAUGCUUUCCUAUGAGACCGGCUGAAUUCGCGCAGCUCUUGCCGCACGUGCGCAUUCAGCUGAAGGGGAGGAGAGCUCCCCGCCCGGUGCGAGAAAAAAGGUAAGUUUUACCCUUUUCCUCUCCCCAGAGCCUGGCGGGAGGGGGACCCUGAGGGUGGGGGCACCUUCAGGUCACUAUAGUGCCAGGAAAGUGAGUAUGUUUUCCUGGCACUACAGUGGUCCUUUAAUUAAAUUGAUUUGUAAUAUUACCACCUUAAUUUAUUUAUUCAUAUAACACUAGCUUCCUUAAUACUAUAAACAAAAUUGUAAAAAGUGUUUAUUUUUAUUGUAUAUUUUAUUAUGGUAUAUAUUGUGCCUCUACAUCUGUGAUGACAGUUUUUUCAUGUAUAUUUAUUACAUAGCUAAAAAAACUAAACAAAAAAGUUUUGAAGUAUGGCAAAUACAUACGUGAAACUAGUAAUAAACCAGUAGUGAAUAAAUCAUCGAAUAAGGUUUUUUUUCCCCAAUGUUUCUAAAUUGCACAAUGAAAGAAAAGAAAAUGUGAUCCUAGGACAAAAAAGUCCAGGAUACACGGAUAGGAUAAAUCAGAGUGAAAUUGUAACUGAUAAAAAACGUAAUUUAUUAAGGACUAUUACAAAAACUAAUAAAAAAUCACUAACGCAAAAGAAAUGUUUAAAUUCACUGCACUUUUCUUUUCACUUUUUUCACUAUGUUUGGGGUGAUUAUUUUAUUUAUGGGGUUUUUUAGCCAGAGUUAAGCGGCAUUUAGAUAGAAAUCGGUUUCCUGAGCAGGCAACAUUCAUUAGUUUCCUAAUUAUAGGGUUAGCUACAUAUAUAGACACAAGUGCGUAUUAGCACUUUAUACUAGUUGCUAAGAUUGAUAUGCUGAUUAAUCUACCAGGACCUAGCUACUUGGCUUUUGGUCUUUAGCUGUUAGAUGGCUCUAUACAGCUAGAAGUUAUAUCAGCUGUAUAACUUUAUACAUAGUGAUUCUUAAGUAUGAGUAUUCAGUGCCAACUUAGCGUUGUCUUGUAUGCCAUAUAGCUAUUUUGACAUCAUUACCUCUUUAUUCAGCCUGUAGAGCUUCUUCCUUCCCGAGUGUAUUUCUUUUGCGUUAGUGAUUUUUUAUUAGUUUUUGUAAUAGUCCUUAAUAAAUUACGGUUUUUAUCAGUUACAAUUUCACUCAGAUUUAUCCUAUCCGUGUAUCCUGGACUUUUUUGCCCUAGGAUCACAUUUUAUUUUAUUUUGUUAGUCUAUAUUGAGGGUUAUCCCCUGCUUGGAUAUGAUCAGGACACAAUUCAUAGUCCCUAGGGAGGGACUAUUUCUAACUUUUCUCUAAAUUACACAAUGGAUUUAGCUGCACAUAAAUUAGAAAUUAAAGUUAAAUAGUAAUAUGCUUAAUUAUGGCAGUACUUUUCUUGCUGGAUUUUGUAUAUAAAAUGGUAAAUAAUUGUGUAAUUGUAAACACACAAAAUUUAGCCAUGCUCUUAAACUCCCACUACUCUGGGCGGCAGCAAGGGCUACAAUAUAAAUUAUCCCAAAUGCAUAGAACAAAAAACUAAAAAAAAUUACUUGCAUACUAUCCCAAAUACCUGUGCACAUUUAAAUAACUGGAGGCUUUUAGAAUCAUUUAAAUGGCCAUUAAAGUGUAAACUCACCUGCCUCAUUAAGGCAAACCUCUUAGAUGAGUCCUACACUAACAAUUCACAUUGCUGCUUUAAGCUGAAAGGCGCAAUCUUAAAUGAAACAGAAAGGGGUAUUUUUCUGAACCCCUACACAUUUAUUAACCCUUAAUAGGAAGUGCAUGGGGUGGGCGGCAGCACUGUAAUAGCACUGUAAUAAUGCUGCCGCCCAUCCCAUGUUUACCCUAUUAACAUCUACAUAGUUAAAUCUAGCUACCUCUAAAUAGUUAGAUAGAAAUAACUCUAAUGUUAGUAAAAUAUUUUUGUAUUUCUUAUGUUAUAUUUUUCCUUUAAUAAUAUGCUCAGAAUCUUUGACAAAAAAAUUGAAAUAAAUGUAAAUAUGUCAGCAACACUUUGAUGAAAUUUCCCCUAUAAGUUUACUGUUGAGUGAUGUGUGGAGAGGACAGGUAUAUAUAUAAAAGAACCACAUACCUGCUCAAUCUGUUAGCAUGCACAGCAUUCAUAGACAAAGUGAAGAGCCCUGGCAGAGAAUGCUCACUCUCAGUACGGCACAACUUUCCAUUUAUAUGUAUCAUCAAUAAAUCAAUUUAAUUUGUAUUUGUCCAAAUUGUGCACAAACAAUACGGAAAUGGCAGUGCCCCUUGUUAAUCACACACAAAUGAUUUUGGUGAAGGGUAUAAGGACAAUAUAGAAAGAUAUACCGGUACUUACCUUACUUUUAGUAUACAUAUAAAGAAGAGAAUUAUGAAACCUUGCUGUUUGCUUUAAGAAUAUGAUAAUACAUUAAGAUGUACAGACUAUUGAAUACAUUUCUCUGAGAUCAGUGAGCACAACAAUAUAAAUAUCUUGCUAAAUUAUAGAAUGGUCUUUAAAUACCACAACUUUCACACUUUUCACGUGUUUUAUUAAUUAGUGCCAUCUAGAGAUUGUAAUUUUAGAUUUGAAAUAGUAUUUGCAUUGAAAAGUAAUGCAAACAGCAAAAAAUGCUAAUAUGUAAACAUCAUUACAUAACGUAACCGAGUUUGACAGAAUCCUGUGCGUGUAAGAGGUAGUAGCAGUAUUUCCUGUUUAGUUAGUAAGUAUUGUCAAGAGUAAAACACUUCUGCUUAAGCUAUUCAUAAUGUAACUCAUUUAAUUUCCUCCAGUUGGAGUGAUUUCUCUGUUCAACCAAGUUUCUAUUGCUCACAUUCAACAUACAAUAUUUGUACUUUUUUUUUCAAUUCUUUCUUUUUGACUGACAGGUUGGUACAUAAGGAUACUUUACAUAUAUUUUCAUUAAUACAAUGGUGAUACAAUGUAGUCGAAAUCAUGCAGCAUACUGAACAAGGAUUCUUUAGAAAAAUAAAUAUAUGUCGAGAAAAAAUAUUUUUUGUCUAAACCUCAUAAGGCUUUUUUGCAGCACCUCAAUCGGGUAUUUUAUGUUAAGUAAGAAUAUAUGUGGAAAAGAUAUAGAUAAAGAUAAAGGGAAGGACUUUUCCCUGCAGCUUCGUCUAUAGAUAUUAUUUUACAAAGAGGAGGCUCCAAUGUGGUCUAUUUUUAGCAAACUGCUCCCACUAUUAUUAUUAUUAUUAUUAUUGGCAUUUAUACAGCGCCGAUUUAUUCUGCAGCGCUUUACAAUAUUAUAAAGGGGAAGAAUUAAAAUUACAAAAUGUUAUAGGAACAAUAGGUUGAUGAGGGCCCUACUCAACUGAGCUUACAAUAUAGAGGUUUAACUUUGCCCCUUUUGCAAUAUAGCACAGCCCUCUUUUUGGGAUAUGUCUUCACUAAUUUUAUCUGGUUUACAAGCCCUGCUUAUUUCCAGCAGAUAGACAAUAUGAUUGUCGCGGUUAUUCACUAAAUUCUCCAUUAAUGGAGAAAAAAAAAACGUAGUGAUAAUUAUUUAUAAAUAAAUGUAGAAAACACCGAAGAACAAGCUAAUUAACACACCAAAUAUAUUCUACAAGAACCACUUUCUUACAUAUGGAUAAAAAAUAUAUAAUUACACAUAUCUGCUUGUUUGGUUGUUUUAAUAUGCAUGCUGACAUGAUACAAGGCCUUUACAGAUGCAUUUACAUUUAAACAGAGAAAUGUUAUUUUAGAAAUAUUACAGUUAUUUGUUAGGGAAUACAUUACCCUUGCACAAUUUACCCUUAUGCCUUCUUAUGUUUGCAUAGCUAAUUAACGUCUUCACUCCCAAUAUUGUGUAUACAUGUUUUUACUUUCAUUUACUUUCAAAUCAAAAUUUAAAGUCUUGCUCUCAUUCAUUUAUACUCUAGAAAUGUUUACCAGCUUGUAGAAAAACAAAUAUCUUUGUCAAGAACUCAUUCCACACAUUUAAUAUCUGCAAAUGUGCUGAAAAUGACAGCUCUUGCCUCCUCACAGAAAGUAAAACAAGUUUCAUUGGAUGCCACAAUUCCUUACAGUCUGGGGGAGGAGUGAAUGAGCUCUCCCAUUUCCAUGUUAGCAGUCCAUCAGCAUACAGAGAGUGAUAAAAGUUUUUUAAAGUAUUUUUAAAAGUACUAUAGCAAUAUUUAUUUUAGAAAUAUUGCUUUACUUACUGUAUGUGGUCAUUAUGCUGAUAUACUGACAUUCUGUUUAUAUUCCUUUGCCAUUUUCAGUAAACAGUGCUGCUAGUAAUCCCAUCAGGGUCCUUAGAAUUAGCUAUAAGCAGGCUAUUUUACCAUAUAUGUAUCAAUUUUUGUCACACCUGUAUGUAAGAAUUAUUGAUUUUUAUUUUUAUUUUAAUACCAACAUAUCAGCCCUUUUUCUAUAAAGGAUUAACAGAUAACUGAAAAAAAUAUAUAUAUACAAUAAGUGUUUAAAUAAUAUGCACUUUUUACUUAUUAUUGUGACUUGAUGAAAAAUCAUCAGCUGUGACACUCUGUGGGAAUUCCCAGAGAUAACCCACUAACUUAUAUAUAUGAACUGAUACUGCAAUUUAUAGCUGAUGUACCACCACACCAAAAACAUGAAAGUGCGAGUGCAAAAGUUACAAUAUAUUGAAUGUACCCCUAUAUAUGGACUUGAGGUGUUCCCAUAUAUAUAUAAAAAGAGACAAAAAAUUACAGACCAGAGCAACAGUUAGCUACAUUGUUACGAUUGAUACAUUUUGUCAACAUUAGUCAUGGCAAGUAUUCAUUUUAAUACGCUAACGUUUGUGUUAAUUUGCAUUUCAAAUAUUAUAUAACUCAAAAUGGUAGAAAUUGGGAGCCCUCGGGCUCAGAGCUUUGGUUACAUGUAUAUUAUGUACAACUAAUGCCAUUGUUGGAUAUUAUGUAUUAUGAAAGUAUUGCAAACUUUUAAUUUUGCUCUAAUCACCAAAUAUUCUAUUGGUCACACAAAAAUAAAGAAUCUAAAAAAAAAUAAAUGAGAGAGAUAGAGAAAAAAAACACAAUAGUACAACAGAGUAAACACUAACAUAUAGUAUAUGAACAUAUGGUUGAUUUAUGCUCACAAUGUUUUGAGCCUUUUGUACGAUAUGGCUCUGAAUGUACACGUAUGUGUGCCCUUCUAGAGGCAACUGCACCUCUUCUGUGAAUCCCAAUCCUCCAAUAAAUUUCAUAAAAGAAGAGAGAAAACACAAAAGGAAUAGUGGAAAUAUAUCUGAGAUAGUAUUGGAAUUAUACACAAGUGAAAUGGUUUUUCUCACCUAUACCUGGAGCCCAUAAAAUACUGGCUCCAAAUUUGAAGGCACAUUGCCAAAUAAGGAGUGGCAAUUCCCCCUUAGUACAAACCCAAGUAGGUAAGUAUCAGACAAGUAGAUAAUAAGACAUAAUGAAGAAAGAACGGUCUUAAAAAAUUCUAAUUGACCAAGUUUCAUUCAAAAUCUAUAUAUGGUAAAAUGUAGCCCAUACAGUGAAAUAUCUGGAAAUAAGCAAGUAUUUCCAGAUAAUUCAUAUGUAUGGGCUACAUUUUAUGUUUAUUUAAUUAUAACUUCAAAGUUUGUCUGAAAGCAAUUUAUACACAAAAUUUAUGUUUUUUUAAUAUGUUUGGGUGCUAGUGACUCAUUAAAAGUUUUCAUUACACGUAUGCUAAUAUGUUUUUCAAACAAAAAGGGGUUGCAAGUUAAGGGGUUCAAAAAGCUACAAUCCCUUAAUUUGAGCAAUAAUGCUAACAUCUGCACUCACCUGUCCUGAGAAGCCUGUCAAUCUCGAGCUGCCUGAAUAUAUAUGCUUAACAUGAUAUAUUAAGUUCUAGUGACAAUGGGACAAUCAUUCAAAUGUUUGGAUUAAUGCUCACUUGUAGGUAUAUACUUUUAUAGGUAAGAAUUUCAGAGCAUCCAGACUUUCCAGGUGAUAGAAUUGAUUUUGUUUGCAAUUCAUUUGUUUGUUUGAAAUUUUCUUAUUCUUUUUUUUUUAUCUGUUGAUGUUUUUUUUCAGGAGAUCAUGUUCAGGCAAUUGUUUAUUGCUCUGUCGAUUCUACAUACAGUUUGCUGUUUUCUUGGCAUGCCUAAUGUGAAUCCAAACAGGACCUUUCCCUGUGAUAUUAAUGAAAAUGGAUCAAUAGUUGUUUUCGAUUGUCGUGCACGGUGGUUAAAGAAUGUGCCACAGCCCAUCAAGUUCUCGGCAGACUUUACUGAGCUACUUCUAUCAAACAAUCUCAUAGAUACAAUAUAUGGACAAUUGUUUGCAAACUGGUAUAAUCUCACAAAAAUUGACAUAAAUCAGAAUCAUUAUCCAAAGACUAAAACCAGUAACUGGGAUAUAUGCAAACAAGGGCUAGAGAUUAAAGAAGACACAUUUUCUGGCCUACUAAAACUUAAAGAGCUAUAUAUUGAUCAUAAUUAUCUGUGUAAAAUACCAACAGGGAUCCCUAGUUCUUUAAAGAUAUUGAGUCUUCAGGAAAAUAAUAUAUUUUCGAUUAGCAAUGAAAGUUUUUUUAGGCUAACACAGCUAGAAGAAUUAUACCUUGGAAACAAUUGUUACUAUGGUAACAAGUGCAACAAAUCUUUCGAGAUCCAAGAUGGAGCAUUUGCUGGGCUCCAACAAUUAACUGUACUGCAUCUCAACUCUAAUAAUUUAACCAAAGUUCCCUCCAAGCUGCCAUUGUCAUUGGAAGUGCUUUAUUUAAACAACAACAAAAUUCAAGUAAUUAGCCGACACGAUUUUAAGAAUUUGGUGAAUUUAACAGUCCUAUAUUUGAGUGGCAAUUGUCCAAGGUGCUAUAAUGCUGCUUACCCAUGUGAACCAUGUGCUGGGCAGUCAUCCCUUAAAAUCCAUCAACAUGCAUUUAAGGAUCUUAUAAAUUUGAGAGAACUGAGCCUUUGUAAUACGUCCUUGAAAUCAAUACCAUCCAAAUGGUUUGAAAAUACAACUCGUUUACAAAUCUUACAUCUUGAAAGAAAUUAUUUGGUAGAAGAAAUGAAAUCCGCAGAAUUUUUACUUAAACUGCCUUUGCUGGAAAUACUUGACUUAUCUUUUAAUUAUGAGUUACAGUCAUAUCCAAAGUAUGUUAAUAUUUCUAAUACUUUUUCCAGUUUGACAUCCCUUAAAGAAUUACACUUACAGGGGUAUGUUUUUCAAGAUAUUACUAGCUAUAAUUUGGAUCCUAUAACAAAACUUCAUAAUUUAAAUGUAAUAGAUCUUGGAGUGAAUUUUAUCACGCAAGUUGAAUUUACACUGUUCCAAAAAGUUCCCAAUUUAACAGUAAUAUACUUGGCCGAGAAUAAAAUCUCUCCGUUCUCUGAGAAUGUCAAUAAAAGCAAGUGUUUGGAGUUAUCUUCAAAAGGUGGUGAAAGAAAACUUAAUAAAUUUGAUGUUACUUCAAAAUUGAAUAUUGAGAUGGUCCAGAAAUUCCUACCUGCAGGAAAGCCCCAGUGUGUUUCAAGUGGCAAAACAUUGGACCUUAGCUUGAACAGCAUUUUCUAUAUUGACCCAGAAAACUUCAGGUCAUUUGGAGACAUAACAUGUUUGAAUCUAUCUACAAAUGAUAUUGGUCAGAAUUUAAAUGGAACUGAGUUUAUAUACCUAGGAAACUUAACAUACUUAGAUUUGUCUUUUAAUAAACUUGAUUUUGAUUCUUUCAAUGCAUUUCAGGAAAUACCAAAAUUAGAGGUCUUGGAUUUAAGUUAUAAUAAGCACUAUUUUGUAGUGGAAAGUGUAACACAUCACCUGAAAUUUAUUGAAAAUCUACAUAACAUCAAGGUCUUAAAUUUAAGCUGGAAUGAGAUAUCUACUCUAACUGAGUGUGAAAUUAAGAGUCGCUCUUUGAAAGAGUUAAGGUUUGCUGGAAACCGUUUAGAUAUAUUAUGGAAAAAUGGGGACAAACGGUAUGUAAACAUUUUUAAGCACUUUAGAAAUCUUAAUAUUCUUGAUAUAUCUCACAACAGACUUUAUGCACUUACUGGUGAGGUGAUCAACAGUAUGCCAGAAAAACUUACGGAGCUGCAUGUAAACAAUAAUCGAAUUACUUUUAUUGACUGGAAAGGUCUGAUGCACUUUAAAAAUCUGAAGCUUCUCGAUCUUAGGUAUAACAGAAUUACAAUGAUCAUGACCAACGUGGCCAGUUAUGCAUAUUCACUGAAAAAACUUAUUCUCAAUAGCAAUAAGAUUUCUAGUUUGCCUCCUGCAUUCCUACACCAGGCAAGCAAUCUUACCUAUUUAGACUUGAGUUACAACAACUUUCAGAGUUUAAAUAAGUCUAUAUUCUUGUCAGGCAAUGAAAAUUAUUUACACGUUUUAAAGUUGAAUGGAAAUCCAUUUGAUUGUCGAUGUGAAAUAUCAGACUUUAUAAUGUGGAUCAAUGAAAAUAAUGUUACAAUUCCACGAUUGGCCACUGAUGUCCUUUGCGCUACUCCCAAUGAUAAAAAAGGAACUGGCAUUAUAUAUUUUGACCUGCAUGCUUGUAGUUUAGAUAGCACAUGUAUGCUCAUUUUCUUUUUUACUUUUUGCCUAGUUAUACUUUCCACUGCAUUGCCCAUUAUGAAACAUAUAUUUUAUUGGGAUAUGUGGUAUAUCUGUAACUGGUUUGCUGCACAGUUUAAAAGAAGUAAAAUCUCUACCUCAAAAACCUUAUUUGAUGCUUAUAUAUCUUACGAUACCAAAGAUGAAGCUGUUAGUGACUGGGUCUUCAAUGAAUUAUGUCACCACUUGGAAGGUAAUGGUGAAGAACACGUCCUUUGUUUAGAAGAAAGGGAUUGGGAACCAGGAAAAGCUGUUAUCGAUAAUAUUAUACUAAGUAUUGACACUAGCAGAAAGACAUUGUUUGUUCUCACCAAAAAAUAUGUGAAAAGUGGAAAGUUCAAAACAGCAUUUUACCUGGCUUUGCAAAAACUGAUGGAUGAAAAUAUGGAUGUGAUUAUAAUUGUACUAUUGCAACCAGUUCUACAGAAUUCACAAUACCUCAGACUUAGAAGAAAAAUAUGUAAGAGCUCUAUCUUGGAAUGGCCAAAAAAUCCACAUGCUGAAGAUUUCUUUUGGCAAAGGAUGAGAAAUGUUUUGUUGACUGAUAAUUACAGCAGAUAUAAUAAUUUAUAUGCAGAUUCUGUCAAGGUUUAAACGAGAAACAGAAUAUUAAUAUAUUAUAGAAGAUUUUUAAUUAUGUGUUUAGAUAGCGCGUACCUACUUCUAAAUACUGUGAACAAAAUCAAGGCUUUGGAAUUUUUUUAACUUCUGAUAUUAUAUAAACUACCUUAGUACCAUUUAAUUAUACUCUUUACCAUGAUCAAUGAUCUUCUCAAUGUUAUAUAGGAUUUUGUUACAUAGAUUUUUAUUCUUGUCUAUUUAUUUAACAUGGUUGAUUUUGUCUUAUUGUCAAUACAAGAAAACACAUUUUAAAUCUGAAUUUCCUGGUAUAUAAUGUAGAAUGAUUAAUUGGCUGGCAUUGUAGAUAUAAAAAAAGGUGCUCUUGGGUCUAGCAUUAGAAACAAUCAACAUUUCAGUUGUAUCAGAACAUUUGUUAAGACUGAGGUUCUUGAUAAAGACACUGGUGAGGCUAAAAAGCAGAUGCUGGCACAAGUAGCAUGGUCCUUAUGGAGUUAUCUCUCUGUGAUGACUGCUGGAGCUGGAAGCUGGGUCUCACCACCCUUAGGCAUCGGUUGAGUGGCCACUGAACUUUCUGGCAGCCUAGCUGUUCAUAUGUUGUACCUGCAGUGCACAAUGUUUGAUAUGUUUGAUUCAAUGUUUGAUAUGUUUAUUACAUGCAGGCUCGCUGCCUAGGUGUUCUCUUUGACUCCGACCUCUCCUUCAAGCCUCAUGUUCAAUCUAUUGCCAAAUCCUGUCAUUUCCAUCUCAAAAACAUUGCGCGCAUCCGCCCCUACUUAACGCCAGAUGCGACUAAGGUGUCCAUUCCACUGUCCUUUCUCGCCUUGACUACUGUAAUUCGCUUCUCAGUGGUCUUAUGUGCUCCCUACUAGCGCCGUUACAGUCCAUAAUGAAUGCAGCGGCGAGGCUCAUCUUCCUGUCUGCCUGCACCUCUCAUGCCUCACCCUUCUAUCAGUCCCUACAUUGGCUUCCUAUAAAAUAUAGAGCUCAAUUUAAAAUUCUGGUUCUUGCUUUCAAAUCUCUACAUAAUGCUGCUCCCACCUAUCUACCCUCUCUUAUACACAAGUAUGUCCCGUCUAGGCCCUUACGAUCUGCUGAAGACUUACGUCUAUCUUCUGUCCGUACUCCCACCUCUGAUGCUCGCCUUCAAGAUUUCUCGAGGGCUGCACCAUUCCUGUGGAAAUUGCUUCCUUCCUCCGUUAGAUGCUCACCCAGUCUCCACUCCUUCAAAAAAUCGUUAAAAACCCACUUCUUCAUAAAAGCGUAUCAAUUAAACUGUUAAUAGCUCCUGACUGAUUCCUCUUCUGCAACUGUCACUAGUCUAAUACUAUCCUUACCUUUUGUGUCAUUUUACCCCAUUCCCUCUAGCAUGUAAGCUCAUUGAGCAGGGCCCUCAACCCCUCUGUUCCUGUGUGUCCAACUUGUCUGGUUACAACUACAUGUCUGUUCGUCAACCCAUUGUAAAGCGCUGCGGAAUUUGACGGCGCUAUAUAAAUAACAUAAUAAUAAUAAUAAUAAUUCUUUCUUUUCUUUUGUGCUCAUAUACACCAUUUACUAUGGUCUGUGUCACUGACCAGUGGUAAUUACCUCUUGAUGUUUCUUGCAGUUCUUUAGUAUUGCACAUUCUCCUAUUCUCUGACUACUCAACCUGAACUGUGUUCCUGUCUAUUUUCUAAUACUAUAAAAAGUAGGCAGAUUUUGCUAGAAAUUAUUUCCUCUCUAUGUUUACCAAGCCUAUGUGAUGUUUGUUAUGACUCCAUUUUCUCUGUCAUGUAUCUUUUUUCAUGCCUCAAUAAAACAGAGAAUUAUAUAAGUUCAUUGGUGGCUUUGUGGUUGUUCUAAUAAUUUGUGCUCCCAACCGCCAUUCGGAUCCUUCAUCUCAAUUCAUUCCCUCUUCUUCAGCUGUAAGAAAUCCCCAAUUACAUCUCUGACUCCUGCCUGAACCAUUUUGAACAUAUGAAAAUGUGUAUCAAACACGUUACUGCCACUUACAUCUCCUCCAAUGCUGGAUAUGCAUUCCACUGACUUCAGUUAUCUGCAUUUCACAGACGUCAGUGUAUGCAUCACGUCAAUGUCCGCAAUUUAGAUACUGGAGAAG